AGGACACAUAUGAUACAGCAUCUCACUAAAACAGGUGAAACUCUUUAACAAGUGCAUAGGUUUAGCUUAGAAUAAACACCUUGUGCAUUGCUUGGAGCAUCAGAAGGCUCUAAAAAGAGCAACAUCAUGGCUUCACUGUCUCUCCACCUCAUGUGUCCAGUGUGUAUGAGUGACUUCAGUGAUCCAGUAAGUUUGCCAUGUGAACAUACUUUCUGCAGACAGUGUAUUACAAGCUAUUUGGAAUCAUCAAGUGCAGGUGCUAACAAAUGCCCGGAAUGCAGACAAAACUUUACCAAAGAGGACGUUAAAGGCAACAGAGCACUGAGAAAUCUUAUGGAAGCUGUACAGAAGCAGCAUCAGACAAAAGACAUUGUGAGAGAUCAACGAAAGACUCCCAGCAAUGCACUUGAAAUGCUCUGCUCUGAACAUGAAGAGAAACUCAAACUUUUCUGUGAGGAUGAUCAGAAAUUGGUUUGCCUUAUCUGCAAAGAUGGAGAGAAACAUCGCGGACAUAGUUUCAAGCCUGUAAAGGAGGCUAUGAAGACCAGUGAGAAUGUGGUGAAAGGAGCAAUUACCUUUAUUUCAGAUGAAAAUAAACAAAUGGGUGAUAUGCUCUUGAGUCAGAAGCUUGUAAUCACAAAAUCCAAGGAAAGGGCCAAGUGUCUUGAGGAAAAGAUGCAUGCUCAGUUUAAGAAAAUGCAUGACUUCUUGAGGGAAAAGGAGGAUAUAUUGAUGAGAGAGCUCCAGAGAGCAGCAAGCAGUGCUGAAGAAAAAAUGCAGCAAAAUGUGUCAUCGUUGACAGAGUUGCAAAAAAGGGGGAACAGCCAGGUGUCCAUUUUGGAGUCAGGACUAAAGAUAUGCCAGCCUGAGAAGUUUUUAGAGUGGUGGAGUGAAGAAGGUUUCCCUCUGGUUGACAAAAUGGCACUCGAAGACAGUGAGAACGAGUCUGCCUUUCAAACUAAAUUUAGGUCAAGACUUAACUGUGUUCAAGUGAUUUCUGACCACUUCACCCUUGGCCCUUAUGAAACUGAUCUGCCUCUAAUUGUUUGGAGAGACAUACUAGGCCCCCUUAAAUGUGACUUAGAGGGUACAUCUACAAUAGACAAAGACAUGAAACUGGCUAUCAAAAAAGAGAACAAUAUGCAGUCUGGAGGGGGAAAUUACUUUGCCAAAUUCCAGAAGUUUCACAAUGGUUAUAAGGACAAUUACGUGGAGGACAUACAUAAUGGUCAGGUGUUCUGGGAAGUUGAUAUAGGAGUUGAACCAGGGUGGGAACAUGGACUCACAGUUAGAUAUUAUCCAGAGGAGAAAAAUGUUUCUCUUUGGCAGACACUUUUUUCAAAAGGUUUUGAAAAAAUCUCUCUUUUAGUUAAAGAUAACAGACUGUAUGCUGUAAGGGGCAGUCAACAAACCAUAAUUGUCAACCAGGUUAUACCCAGCAGAGUUGGGGUUUAUGUAGACUGUGAGAGAUGCCUGGUUGUAUUUUGCAAUGCAGACAAUAUGUCUCUUAUUCACACAGUGUGGUGUGGAGAUAAACAGGUUUAUCUUUAAAUUAGAUUAGUUUAAUGCUUUAGUAUAUAAAUUAGUAUAAUGUUUAGAAUUAUACGUUUUUUAUUUUAUUUAUGUCAAUAUCUGUUGAUUAAGUUUAUAGUAUAUAAAGUAUGCAAGCCAUAUAUAUCAAUGUCAUCAUAUGACAUUAUACGUCAUAUUUCAAUUGGAUUUUCAUUACAGAAAACAUGUGAAAAGGGUCUGUUUAUAAAUGUGUGAAUUAGUUUUACAUGUAUCUAUUUUAGGCUAAAUGUUUGAUCAUCAUUGCGUAUUUAAGCACUGUGAAUCUGAGAUUUGUCCUUCAUUACUGUUUUACUAAAUAUUGUAAAUUUAUUAAGUUAUUCUGUUUUUCUUAUUUUUAAAUAAUGUUUUUAUUUUUAAUAAAAAAUUUAAUUGAAAUAAAAUAUGCCGUAUAUUUUAUAUUUGAUUUUUAUUUUUUUGCUGAAAUCCACAAUGUAAAAGAGGCAUUGGUCUCAAAAGGGUUAGGGUCUUUUUUGUGCAUGUGUAUUUAAAUUCUCAUUUCUUGUUUUAAUUGGUUUUAAAAUGGAUUUGUAAUGCAUUUUUUAGAUAUGUAUUUUUAUUGCCUGAGUAAGAGUUAACUUUUAUUGAUUUUUUGAUUAUAUUUUAUUGAAGUUUAUUGAUUAUAUCUGGGGGAAUAAAAUCAAGUGUAUAUUUUGCAAUAAGCUGUUCUUCAAAACAUAUUGCAAGAUUUA